AUGCACGUCACAAACAUGCAUGCACCAUCCCAUGGGAAAGAAUUCUACCAGCCAGCAGGUGCCAUGGUGCAGACUCGACGGAGCUUCUCCACCCUUGAUUCUGUAACGUAUAUUUGGAGAACGCUUGGACUGCCAGGCGACGCUCUGCGAUCGCUGAACCUCAUCGAGGAUACCAAUAUCUUCUCGUCUUCCUUCAGGGUCGCCCACCUUGCUCAUGCUUCCAUCGCGCUCUCAGCACUUACAGCUGCCUUGAUAUGGUCUAUCCGGACCGGCGAGGCAAUACCCCAGGUCUCGGUAUCAAAGGAGCAUUCGUGUGCUGAGUUCAUUUCUGAACGAUUAUACACACUGGACGGGAAGCGUCUUGCUUCUCCAUUAGGACUACUUGGUGGUCUUCACAAGACUGCGGAUGGGCAUGUGCGAAUGCACGACGGCUUUGCACACCACCGAAACAAUGCUCUCAGGAUUCUAGGUCUACCAGUGCACGCCAGUAGAGAAGAAGUAGCUGCGAAAAUGCUGGAAUGGAGCUCUGUAAAGCUCGAAAGUGCCGCCUUUCAGAACGAAGCCGUCAUACUGACGCUGCGUUCGUUUCAGGAGUGGGAUGUCCUUCCCCAGGCCAAAGCCGUCGCAGACUUCCCAAUUACAGUACGGAAACGUGGUGGUAAAACUCUGCCCGUUCCUCUACCUUUUGGUUCAGAGGCGAGAAAGUAUUGUUUGCAAGGGGUGCGUGUUGUCGAACUCAGCCGCGUCAUAGCUGCGCCAGUUGCUGGUAGGACUCUUGCCGCACACGGUGCCGAUGUCAUCUGGGUGACAUCGCCGACGUUGCCCAAUCAACCAGAGCUCGAUAUCGACAUGGCGAGGGGAAAACGUACAGUGCAGCUCGAUAUCAAGAAUCCGCGAGACAAAGCGCAACUACUCGAACUAAUACGCACCGCCGACAUCUUUCUUUCGAGUUAUCGUCCAGGCAGUCUAGCAGCGCAGGGGUUUUCAUCAGAAGAGCUCACGAAGUAUAACCCAACCCUGGUGGUCGCUACUCUGAAUGCUUGGGGGGAGGAAGGCCCUUGGGCAAAGAACCGUGGAUUUGAUUCGCUUGUGCAAACAGCAUCUGGUUUAAAUGCUGCCGAGGCAGAAAGAUAUGGCAAUGGCGAGCCCUCACGAGUUCUUCCUUGCCAAGCGCUUGACCACAGUUCUGGAUAUCUCCUGGCAACGGGUAUUAUGACCGCACUAUACCAACGGACAAUACGUGGCGGUGCUUACGAGGUACACGUUUCACUGGCCGGUGUGAUGAAAUAUUUACGGUCUUUGGGCCAGUCGCCUGGAGAACCGCUUGAAGACCACGCCGUUCCUACCUCUGAGGUAGCCGAGAAGUACACGGAGUCAAGAUCGACUGCACUUGGGGAGCUGAAAGCGAUCACACAUUCGGCCUCGAUCAGUGGCGUCAAUGUAGGAUACGAAAUCAUGCCGAAACCUCUUGGGAGUGACGAACCAGUGUGGCUCACUUCUACUGAAAGAUGA